AGUCUGCUUCUUCUCAGGUGACAAUAGUUAUGGGAAAAUCUCACUCGAAGAACCCGGUUCUUACGGAACCCUGGAGGACAAUAAACUGGGAUAACAACCAGGACAAUCUGUGGUUUCUGAACAACUACAAGCCUCAGCUUGAAGGUCAAACACUCAGAAUUCUCCUUUAUGGACCUGCUGGAGCUGGAAAGUCCAGCUUUAUCAACUCUGUCCAAAGUGUCCUUCUUGGUAGACCUUACUCACAAGCUUUGGCUGACAACACUGGUCACGAUUCCUUUACUACAGAGUACACAACCCAUAAAAUCCAGAAGGUGGAUGGAUCCCUCUGUUCUUUUGUCUUUAAUGACAUCAUGGGCUUGAGCACACACAAAGGUGUCUUGGAAGAAGAUGUAGCAUUGGCCUUAAAGGGUCAUAUCAAGGAAGGUUACACGUUCGAUCAAGACACACCAUUAUCUGAGGACAGUGAGUUCUACAACACCAGUCCAAGUCCCAAUGACAAAGUGCAGGUUCUGGUUUGUGUCAUUCCUGCUGACAACAUAAGCAUAAUGGAUGACGAACUUCUUCAAAAGAUCAGGAGGAUCAGAUUGGUGGCCACUAAGCUCAAUAUUGCACAGGUGACUAUUCUGACCAAAAUUGAUGCUCUCUUUCCUGAGAUACAAAGAGAUGUGAGGAAUGUCUACAGGUUUCUGGAAAUAAAGGAAAAGAUGCUAAAGGUGAAUGCUUAUGUGGGCAUCCCAAUGAACUGCAUGUUCCCUGUAAGAAACUACCACGAGGAAAUCAACAUGCAAAUGGAUUUCGACACCCUGAUUCUUAGCGCCAUGAAGCACAUCAUCCAGUACGGAGAUGAUUUCCUGAAAUUCAGUCAGCGUCGACUUAAAUCUUAAUGAUGCAAAUUUUUAUGUAUGAUUCAGUGUUUAAGCCAAAUCAAUAAUGAGGGAACAAAAUCAGCUGUAUAAUAGUUUUAUUUAUGGGGUAUUACAUGAUUCUACAAAUCAACAU